UGUCAAUCUUGUUCACAUGUGAGUUUGACAUGAAAUUCACGUGAGUCUGUAAGUUUUCCCCAAGAGUCGUCGGCYAUGAAACUCCAAAUCAUAAUAAUCACGAUUCUAACUCAACCAACUUGGUUGUUUCAUUUUGACGGCCCUCCAUUACCUGAUAAGGCUUUCAUUCCUGUUUGGAAUAGUCCAACGUUCUCUUGUAAAGCCACAUGGAAUGUUAGCUUGAAUUUAGAGGAAUAUGGUAUUGUGGUGAACAAUAAGCAAAAGUGGUUUGGAGAAUUUAUGGUUAUUCUGUACGCAGACGUUGGACUGUGGCCUUUUUAUAAUACAAAGUACGAAGCUAUUAAUGGAGGACUUCCACAGCUGGGGGAUUUGAAUGCUCAUCUUGCUAAGCUAGCUAAAGACAUCGAAGWGAGAAUUCCUGAUAAAGACCACCAAGGACUUGCUGUCAUCGACUGGGAGGAUUGGAGACCAAUAUACGAUAGGAACUGGGGCGUGAUGACUGUUUAUAGAAUAAAGUCAGAAAAGAUAGUCCAACUUCAACACCCGUCAUGGAACAGAACAGAAGUAGUCAACGAAGCGAGAAGACAAUUUGAAAAGGCAGCCAAAGAUUACAUGCUCAGCUCGAUUCAACUUGGACGCAAAAUGCGCCCCAAAGCACUAUGGGGCUAUUAUGGUUUUCCUCGUUGCUAUAACACCAAGAACAACACAAAUUGUAGCGAGGAAACGAGAGAAUUUAAUAACCAAUUAUUGUGGCUUUUCAAUGCAAGUACGGUUAUUUUGCCGUCAAUUUAUUUACAUGCUAAGGUUAGGUCCGACCCCUUUGCCUUUGACUACGCCAGAGGAAAUAUACUGGAGGCCGUACGAGUAGCCAAUAUGGUGGAAAACUCCCCUCUUCCUGUGUUCCCGUACGUCAGGGUGGUAUAUAGCUACUCGGAYAUCUUCCUAAAUAAGGAAGACAUGUUCGCUACAGUUACCCAAUCAGCCGAGCUUGGCACAUCCGGGGUAAUCAUCUGGGGGUCCUCCUCUGACCAAAGUGAAGAAUUCUGCAUCCAGCUACGGAACUACAUAGACGAAUUCUUUGGUCCUUUAGUCCGUACUUUAUCGAAUGUAGCACAAGAGUGUUCAAUGCAAUAUUGUUCCUCACACGGCAGAUGUCGGUUUAAAUUCAAUCCUGAGCCUCAACAUAGUUUACCAAAGAAACAGUUGAUGGACUUACAGAGACGAUGGAGUUUUGUAAAGUGUGUGUGUGACAGGGGAUGGGAGGGUAAGAGCUGUGAUGAGCCAAAGGUCUUUUAGAUAAAAACAGAAUAUUCACUAGAAAAUGGCGAGGAAGAUGAAAUUGAAACGUGCUACGCAACGAUCAUUCACUUUGAGUCGUGGGUCUCUAAAGGCCCAUUUACUCUUGCGGUUUUUGCAGCGUGAUAAUCGYCACUUUGCUAUUGCGCAACUGAAAUAGUACGUGUAAACAGCCCUGCGAUUGUUGCAAAGUUGCAGCCAAAUUUCGAAACUCAGGCGAUGGUCGCGAGAUCGCGAUGCAAAAAUCGCAAGUGUAAACRCGCCUUAAGUGAAAGGAGGGAAAGUUUUGAAUUCGUAGUUCAAGAAACACGGUUAUGGAAAAAUAAAUAGCAAGUUAAUGGUA